UCAUGUCACAGUUGCAGCCUCUGUCACUGGAAGUACAGAACUUUAAACACCAGCUACCUUGCUCUGUGUGUGAGUAUUACAUACCAGCAUCUCUUAUUGUGCUGGGGACUGGCAAUCAUGCUGAAAAGGCUACUAAUAUUGCUCCUCUGUGGGAUUAUAACAGAACGGCUUGGAAAUGCUCAGAAGUUGUCUAAAGCUAAGAAAUUAAACCUGAAAGUCCACAUAAACGCAACUGGCGACACUCUUACCAUGAAAUUUCUACGCCCAAACAACAAUAUUAAACUUGAAGGUUUUAUUUUGGGAUAUGGAAGCAAUUUCUUCUCAAACCAGUAUAUCCAGUGGCCAGAAAAUGGAAAAUCUUAUGUGUCAGAAGUUGAUGCAGAGCCAAGAUACCUGAUAUCUCUGAAACCAAAUGAAAACUCUAAGAAGUCAUGCAAAGAAAAAAAUUCAGAAAAGAAUUCUGUUCAGAAACCUCUUCAGCUGGUUGUUGGUACCUUGACACCAACCUCAGUGUUCCUCUCAUGGGGUAUUCUCAUAAAUCCACAGUUCGACUGGUCUUUCCUAAACAAAUGCCCAAAUGACAGGUUUUAUACAGUUCGCUACAGAGAAAAAAAUAAGGACUGGCUUUUCCAACUGUGCCCAACCACUGAAACAGUAAUAGACAAUCUAAAACCAAACACAAUGUAUGAAUUUGGUGUAAAAGAUAACACAGACGAUGGUAACUGGAGCAAAGUUUUUCCUCAUAAGACAAUACCUAAAAGUAAAGAAAAUGGACAAAGCCAAAAUACAUAUAAAGACACAAAAGACAUCAUACAGAUGAUAUCUAAAGAUACAAAGGCAUUCAUUCCAAUAGUACUGGUCAAACAAGGAAUUCAAAACCUUUCAAAUUUGGCGCUGCCUAAAUCUGAAAGUAUUCUGCCUACAACAGAGCAAAGCCCAGUUGUCAAAGUGACAGAACCUCCUCCAACACCAAAAACAUCGGAAGAACCUGAUGAUGAAGACAUCAAACCAGAGGUAACACGUGAACCUGUUGCUGAACCUUUCACUACAGAUUUAUCAACUGGUACCCUAGAAUGGGUCAGAGCAACCAUGGAUUCAUUAGAGCCUCAGUAUGUUUAUUCUGUCUCUAAAGCAUAUACUAGCCAUCAACAGUCUCAGAAUAAACCUGUCACUCGCCCCUAUAUCCCUGUACCUAAUGUGUCAAGUGAAUCUCCUGAUGAGCAAUUACAGACAACACCAUUGGUGUUAGUCAGAGAACCAAAUAUGCCAGCUGAAUCCACAAAAAAGCCAAUGGAUACGUUCCGCACCUUGGAACAUCCAAGGGAAACUACUGCCCAACCAGAAAGUGCUCUCUCCUCUUCUCAACCAAUAAUAUCUUCCAGCCCUGAAAAGCCACUAACUAGAUUAGCAAACCCCACAACUGGUCCGGUUCCACAUAUAAAGGGACCCCUAAUUGUGAAACCAAAGAGAGUGCUGGGCACGUUUCUGCCAGUAACCAUUGAUGUACCCAAAAUGAGCACUUACGCUGCACAUGCACAGCAAAGGACCACCACGGUAAAUCCUCCAGUUGGUCCUGUUCCAUUGACAGGGGUGCCUACUACUGAACAACCAAAGAGUGUGCUUGCAACAGAAAGACAGACCACACAGGACACAGACAUUACACCUGGGAUCCUUCUGCUAUCUACUGAUGCACCACAGAUGAGUACUUACACUUCCCAUGUACAGCAAAGGAUCAGCCUGGCAAAUCCUACAACUGGUCGUGCCCCACUUGAAAGGGUGCCUGUGCCGGCAACUGAAAGACUAGCUACAAAGGCAACAGAAAUACUACCUGAUUCAGUGACAGAGUUUUCCCUAGGCAUAUUUCCGAUAUCCACUGAUGUACCACAAACGAGCAGUGAUACAUCUGAUGUACAGCAAAGGGCAACAAUAGUUGGCGAGCCAAGUCACCAUUUUCACCUUGCAAACCCUACAACUGGUCCUGCUUCUAUUACAAGGACAUCAAAGGCUGCACUGGCAAAUCCUUCUUUCGGUCCCGCUCCACUUACAAGUGCAACUCCUACUGAACAGCCAAAGACUGUGCUGGCAAAACCUACAACUGUUCCUGUUCCUCAUAUAAGGGCACCUCCUGUUGUGCCACCAAAGAUGGUGCUGGCAACUGAACAGGAGACUACUCAUGCACCAGAAAGCUCACCUGCAUCUGAAAUAGAGAGUUUUCUGUCAAAGGAAAUUACACCUGGUAUGCAUCAAAUAUCCACAGAUGCACCAGAUAUGAGCACUUACGCCCCUCAUGUGCAGCACAAGAACACAUUGGGUAUGCAUCAAAUAUCCACAGAUGCACCAGAUAUCAGCACUUACGCGCCUCAUGUUCAGCACAGAACCACAUUGGCUGCCAGUAGGAUACAAUCUCAUUCUGUUCCCGUCACAAAAUUUACCAAGAAACCACAUCAAAGCCAUGCAUCUGAAAUAGAGAGUUUUCUGGCAAAGGAAAUUACACCUGGUAUGCAUCAAAUAUCCACAGAUGCACCAGAUAUGAGCACUUACGCCCCUCAUGUGCAGCACAAGACCACAUUGGGUAUGCAUCAAAUAUCCACAGAUGCACCAGAUAUCAGCACUUACACCCCUCAUGUGCAGCACAGGACCACAUUGGCUGCCAGUAGGAUACAAUCUCAUUCUGUUCCCAUCACAAAAUUUACCAAGAAACCACAUCAAGCCCAUGCAUCUGAAAAAGAGAUUUUUCAGGCAAAAGAAAUGACAACUGCAGGGAUGCAUCCAGUAUCCAAUGAUGCACAAGAUAUGAGCAUUUAUCACGUGCAGCAAAAGACCACAUUGGCUGCAACAGAAAACAAAAUUCACCCCCAAGAUCCUGUAGACAUCACAGAAAUGACAGCAACUACUGCUGCAACUACCUUUCAAGCCAUCCCAGAAAAACCCAGCACCCUGCCCUCCCUAACACUUACAAAAACAACCACUGCUGCAACAGAAAACAAAAUUCCCCCCCAAGAUCAUGUUGGCAUCACAGAAAUGGCAAAAACUACUGCUGCAACUACCUUUCAAGCCAUCCCAGAAAAACCCAGCACCCUGCCCUCCCUAACACUUACAAAAACAACCACUGAAUUUAUUGGAAGCCAACUAAUUACCACUAGACCACCGGAAAUUACUAAGACAGGAUUGCCACUGUUCAUAUCUGUUCCAAAGCAAACUUCAAUACCGCACUCAAAACAUACCCCUGGUACACAAGUUGCACCGAGCACAGAAGCUGAAAACAGACAGAUUAUUUCAGAAACAGUUACAACAGAAGCCCCUCACACAUACGAGCAAGAACAAAUAACUUUAGCAUCCAGGGAUGUGCCAGGACUUGUAUAUACGACUGAUCCUACAAGGCCAGAGGCAAUGGCUAAAACUGUGUCAGAGGAGUCAGCGCUAUUUCCUUUACAAUUUACACCUUCACCCACUCCAGAAACAAAGCAAUCUACACCAACUGAAUCCCAAACAAUGCAAUUGUUAGAGGAAACCUCAACAACAUUAGUUCCAAAUGAAACACUAAAAGUAACUCCUCCGGCACCAAAAACAACUGUUACAACAGAAAGUUCCUCCUCAGAAUUUGUGCCAGAUAUAACAGAAAAAGCAACUGAAAGUCCUUCAGAUGAGGUUCCAAAGAUUCCCCAGAGAAUGCCAAUAAAUGUUAUCAGACUUCAUAUAUUUGAAGAUCCAAAAUUUACAAGUGAUGUAACAGAGAAAGAUAUUACUCCUAAACCCAAGGAAGAAACAGAAAGUCCUUCAAUUGCGGUUUCGAAGGUACCAAAGCGAAUGCCAAUAAAUGUUAUUAGACUUCAUAUUAUUGAAGAUCCAAAAGUUGCAAGUGAACCAGAAACGACAGAAAAACCUAUUUCUCAUAAACCCAGCAAAGCAACUCAACGUCCUCCUUCAACUGCGGUUCCAUUGGUACCAGAUCGGAUGCCUAUAAACGUUAUUAGAGUUCAUUUAUUUGAGGAUCAAUUUGAAGACCCAAAAGUAACAAGUGUUCCAAGAGAGACUCAUACCACUUUACCUCCAACACCCAAAACAACUAAAUCAAAUAAAUUGUUACGAACAAAACCUGUUCCCAACACCACACAAGUUCCUCUUCAACCCAAAACAACUCAAAGAACAGAACAACCACAAACUAAACCUGUUCCUAAUGAGACGCAAAAGGUUCCAUCUCACAAAAAUAAAAAAAAUCAACAGACUCCUCGCUCACGUCCCAAACCUGUGUCAACGGAAUCACCAAAGGAGUCUAGUAAACCUAAAAUUCCACCACAGAGUAUUGUGGCAACAUUGGCUCCUUAUAAACUGCAGCUUAGUUCUUCCAGACCCAGAACUUCAGUCAGACCAAGGACACGGCCUGCACAAAAUGGAACAAGCCAAGGAUCCCUUAGAUCUAGGCCAACUGGUGACUUCAACUGGAUGACUGGAAUAAUACCAGGUGGCAGAAGUGACAACAGCAAGAUUCUUGGAGUAAGCAGAAACAUUUCAAUGGAACCCAACAAUACUGGUCGAAAAACAUAUUCAGUAUCUUCACCACCUCAACUACCUGUCCGACCAACAUCCAUGCGUAGAAGAACACCACCAAACACUGUAACUGGCAGGCCAGGAAGCUCAGGAAGCAUUCUGAUACCACGUGCAUUUGCAACAGCCAGGCCUAAUCGAACAUCAGUAACAAUAAAGACACCAAAGAAGGAACCAACCACCUUACCUCCUAAGGAGGAUCCGAUUGAUAACACAGUCUUCAGUACUGCUCCAAUAUCAGAUGUUGAUGCACUUGGCAAAGUUAGAUAUACUGCACCACAUGUAAAGUAUAUGAGGAAAGAGGAAUCAGUACCUUGCUCGAUCACAGAGUCUCUCAGGUACUUUCCAGUAGAAGAAGCUACAAACCAGGAAAUCACCAACCCGCCACAAAACCCUCCUUCCAAUCUCACAAUUGUGACUGUCGAGGGAUGUCCAUCCUUUGUCAUUUUGGAUUGGGAGCAACCAGACAAUGACACAGUUACAGAAUAUGAAGUUAUUUCACAAGAAAAUGGGGCACCACCUGGAAAGGAGACAUCAAUCAUAAAAACAAAUCAGACUUAUUCUACUGUAGAAAACUUGAAGCCAGACACAAGUUACGAGUUCAAAAUAAUACCAAAAAAUCCGCUUGGCGAGGGCCCUGUCAGUACUACACUGGGAUUUAAUACAGAAUCAGCUGACCCUAAAGUGAGUGAACCUGUUACAGGAGGAAAAGAUGCUAUCUGGACAGAAAUUAAGUUUAAGUCAGAUUCCUAUUCAGAAUGCAAAGGAAAACAAUUUGUGAAGAGAACGUGGUACAAGAAAUUUGUAGGUAUCCAGUUGUGUAAUUCUCUGAGAUACAAGAUAUACCUCAGCGAUUCACUUUCAGGGACAUUUUAUAACAUAGGAGAUCAGUCAGGAUAUGGAGAAGACCACUGCCAGUUUGUAGAUUCAUUUCUAGAUGGAAGAACAGGACAGCAACUGUUACCAGAACAGCUAAGCACCAAAAAAGGAUUUUACAGAUCGGUACGACAACAGCCAGUUGAGUUUGGUGAAAUAGGUGGUCAGACACGCAUCAGCUACGUCCAUUGGUAUGAAUGCGGAAUAUCAAUACCAGGCAAAUGGUAGUAGGACAGCUGAGCACGAUUUACUCAAAUAAACCAUGUCAUCCAUUUCAUAGGCAACAUGCUAGCGCUUUAUAGUACCUUGCCAUUUACAAGUGCCUUCUAAUGUAAUAUAUGUAUGAAAUAAUUCAGUUUCAUGAGAUUAAUAUGGAGUAAACAUAUUAUAGGAUAGGCUUCUUCUAUAUUUAUCAGGUUUAUGAAUAUAUAAAAAGGACAUUGUCUUCAUAGGAUAAAAUCUCGGGAAGCUGGCUCCCUGUUCUUGGUAUUUUAAGAAAAGCAGUGUCUAUAUUAUUUAUCACAAUGUUGUAAUAAAUAUUUUGGAGGCAAAGAUUUAUUCAUUAUCUUACUUUCUUGGAAACAAAAUGAUUCAUUCAGAUUCUGUUUAAUUAUGUAAACUAAUACACCUUUAGCACAGUAAUAGUCAAUGUAUAACUUGAUCAUCUUCCAUGUUUUAAUUUAUUUAAUCAAAUUGUGUAUUUUAUGAGGAAGCUGCAAUUGAAAAGCAAUUGGUUUUAUAGACAUCAUCACAAAAGUAUUUCCUCUUCGUAAGAUAUUGCAUUUUGCAUGUUAGUAACAAAACCGGACACUAUAAAGGAUCACUAACUGCAAUAUUUGUUUUCUUUAGCAAAAUAAACUAUGUUGAAAAAAAUUUCUAAAUUGUUUUCACGCAAAUACAGUUUAAUAUACCAGUCAGAAAUGUAAACUAGAACAUAUAUCACAUAUUAAUAUAUUUUCUGUCAUAAGAGCUUGUGCAAAUGUCAGUUGAGGUAGAUGGACAAUGAUUAAAACAAAGCAGGUACUUUAACAUGCCCAAUUGUUUCUGUUAAAUUACAUUUUGUUUUGUAGGUUACAGAUAUUUUAAAAAUUUAACAUAAGCAUGUGGUUUAUAAAUACAAAUGUAAUUAACUUUCUACAGAAUGUACAGUAUAUUCAGUGUAGUAAAUAUAGCUUUAUUUCCAACGCAAAUGUGUUUUUGUAUCUUAAAUGCAAUAUAUGAGCUCAACAAUAAAGAAAUUGAAUUUUUUUUAAA